CAGUUUGUGACCCGGAACCAGAAGUGACGCUGUCCCGCGAUUUUUCUUGUUCCUCACGGGUCUUAGCGCCACCCACGUUCAUAUUUCCCCUGUGUACUGUGGAUCAAAAGUAAUGCAACAGCAUGGCUUCCGAUAAAGAACCAAAUAAACAAGGCAGAAGGACUCAGCAAAGAUCUCCCCAAGUUGCUGAGGCGGCCACAGAGGCUGUCCAGAAUAUUCUGUCAGUUUUGAACCAGUCAUUGGGCAACAGCAGAACAGAUAACAGUCAGGGACAGAACUCAAGGCAGCCGCAGAGCAUGGAUGAAGAAAUGGCCAGGUCUUUUCCUGGACUGUUUAGGCGGGGGACAAAGCGAAAUUCACCAUGCAUGUACAGGCCAACAAAGAUUGCCAAACACUGGAGCUCAUUCAACUUUACAGUUUUUCUUCUGUGCAAAAAUUGUGACACAACUCCUUCACCUGUUCAAGACUUGCAGCACAUGCAGGCAGGUCUGGGAAAAAGAACUCUUUCAAUGCCAAAAGACUUUACUCAUGCAGAGGUCUCCAGCUUGUUUCAGAGUACAUAUCCAAAGAUGAAAACAAUCAGUGGUGGAUGGCUUUUGUACAAAGCAGCUGGAGGAAAUGGACGGCGCCAUUUAUCUGUUGUUCCUCCAGAAUCAGAGGGAUACACUGGAAGUACAAUAAGAAGUGCAUCUGCAGGGGGGAAAACCAUGCUGUACAUUGUUCCUUUACAGGAAGAAUUUGAUCUGACACCUCUACCUCACGAUGCACAAGAAUUUGGCCUCAUGCCAAAGGCUGAAUGCAAGACUUGCCUUAAAAUCAUGCCUUUGCAGCUUCUUGCCCUACAUGUAAAACAGUGCAGUGCCCCAGACACAGUUUCUGAUUCAGAACUAGAUUCGGAACCAGAGGUUGUUGAGAUACCCUGUCAUUAUGAAAAACCAAAAGAAGGAACAUGUCCUUUGUGCCAAGUGGUUUUCCCAACCAGGGAUUUGGAGAUACAUGCUAGUGUCUGUGGCGACGUUGGAAGUCACUUGGACAGUCCUGCCUCCUAUGACUCUGCCAGUCCAGUUGGGUUACAACUGCUUCAGAAUGAAGAAAUGUCCUGUGAAGAGGAUGUGCUACGAUGGCUGGCAGCUCAGGUUGAUGCGAGCAAAGAGUUCUGCCUUUGUGUGUCCAGAACUAAUCUCAUAGAGCGUGGACUAAUGCUUUGGCAGCGGCAGAAGCACAGUUCACCACAAAAUGUUUUGAAGGUAACUUUCAUGGGAGAGGCAGGGGUUGACACAGGUGCUCUGCGGAAAGAAUUUCUUACAGAAAUGAUUGCUGGUAUUGAAACCAGACUAUUUGAAGGUGAAGAUGGAAAAGGCAAAAUGCCCAAAUACUCCAUCAAUGACCUGGAUAACAGGCUGUUCCGUGCUGCUGGUGAAAUAUUUGCUGUGAGCUUAGCUCAAGGUGGCCCAGCACCAAAGAUCUUACAAGAAUGGUGCUAUGAUUUCCUUUUAACUGGAAAUCUGGAAACAGUUGAUGUGAAGGAUGUGCAUGACCAAGAGUUGUCUUCAUUAAUCCAGAUGGUUGAAGAAGUGGAGGAUUUAUCAUCUUGCACCGAGCAAAUCAUCAACUGUGGUUACACGGGACCAAUUAAUAAGGACAACAAAGACAAAAUAAAGAGGGCAAUUAUGCUGCACUCAGCUGCAAGACGAACUUUAAUGCUUCGCCAGCUCCGUGAGGGAUUACAGCUUUAUGGCCUGAUGGGAGUCAUGGAAAAAAACAGACAACUUUGCCGGGACUUGUUUGUUGCUGGGAACAGCGAUGAGCCUCAUUCAGGGGGGUGUUGAUGUGAGCCGGAGGCGCAAAGGUGACUAAACUCAUCAACCUGGAUGACCAGGCACUCCCUCCCUGUGAGGUGCAAACGGAACUCUUUCACCAUUCCACAAUUGUUUGUUUGGCUUAGAUUUGCAAAUGCAUCCUCAUUGUGGCGAUUAAACCCGACAAACCUCAACUUUAACUAGUGAUCAGCGUGCGUUGGCUGUGCACGGUGCCUGAGAUUUAAGCUUGGCACAAAAACAACAACAAACAUAGUUGCAUCAGCUAAAAACAAGGAGUCAGAGAAACUAUGUGAUCUAAGGAGGAUGGAUUCUGAUCACUAGGGAACUAAAUGACGUGCACAUUGUGCCCAUAUUUCCUCCUCCUCCCUUAAUGUUUGUGAACUUAAGGGAGUAGAAGCUCACAUGGAGCCUUUAAACGCAACAUUUCAAAAGAAUUAAAAGAGAGGCCAGUCGCACCACAGCUAAGAGGCUGUCUGGAGUCAGCAUUAAGACAAAAUCAUCCGUCAAGUUUACAUCCAGAAAAGCUUCGACGUAUGCUUUUAGUGGAAGAGAUUAUCCGGCCAAACAACGAUGAGGUGAGUCGUUCUGUUCAUUCAUCUACAGCAAAAGGCAAAUGAAGAAUAAAGCAGUCAGGGGUAGGUGAUGCGUUCCAGAACGAUCCUUCUGUCCGUCAGGCUGCUUUUAUAAAACUCGGAGUAUUUCAUGAGUGUUUUCUGACAUUUUUGUUUAACAUGUUGUUGGUUUUUAGCUUUAGCCGAGAAGGUACAACUGUUAUUUACAGAUUUGGAUGUUGAUGGCUUUGAUCCGCGUGUGACCCCCUAAAAGGAAGUUGUUCCUACUUGUUUCAUCUCUUUUAUUCGUGUGUGCAAACACGACCAACUCUGUGCUGUUAGGACGUUUCUUCAGGAUUGUUGCACGUCUUUAUUGUGAAAUGCUACUGAAACCUGACAGCACAUUCAGUUUGUUUUAUAAAAAUGACCCCAGCUUUGAUCAUGUUUUCCAAAUACAUCUGUUCAUAAAUGAUUGAGUAAAAAAGGCAAAAAAUAAAGGUUUAUUUUUGCUAAAAUACAUAAAGCAGUUGUGUUUAUUCACGUCCUGCACUUUAUUUAGUCUUCUGUCAUUUUUUAAUUUGUUAAAUUGCAUUUUAGUAAAACUCGGUUUGAGUUUGGGCAGCAGACCUGAGCUUAAAUCUAAAAGUGUUGCAGUUAAUAUUUAAAUAUUUGAAUUGAAAAUGAAAUAAAUCUGGGUGGUAGUGGAUACAGACAUGAAGGCAGCAGGAGGUGGAGCGGGUUGGCGGUGUUGCAGGAUCGAUCUCAGCUCCUGGCAAAGAGUGCUGCUGUUGUGUCCUUGGGCAAGGGCAGCUGUAGCCACAAUGUAGCGCAUCAUCACCAGCUGUGAAUGUGUGA